GAGAGAGAGAGAGAGAAGGAGAGUGAGUGGGAGAGAGAGAAAGAGAGAGACAGAUAGAGACAGAGUGCUUUUCUCCUUGGCUCUUACUAUCAAUGUCUCUUUUUAUAAUGUGGUGUCAAUGAGCCUUUCAAGUUGUCUGGGGCAGGGUUGCAGUGGCUGAGCAGAGUCUUCCUGUCCUGUGGUGCCCAGUGAGUCGGAGCAGGCUACAGCAUGUCCAGCUCCAGCCAGGCUGGACUGUGUCAGGGACCUGUGAAGCAGUGGACUGGAUGAGGGACAGUUAUUUCUACAUAGAACUCAAUCCUCGGGGAGAGUCCCAUCUUCAGCCAAAGGUAGAGAGCACAGCCCCGGGCCCCAGGAGACGAGGCAGACGAGGGACCGGCAGCUAGGACUCUCUGGAGCUCCGUGCCCAGCGAUGGACAGCUGGACCCUCCAGGGGGACAGCUACUCCUUCCUGCGCAGCGCGCCGCUCACCUUCUCCCUGCGCCACCGCGACGGGACGCCCAACCACGUUGAGAUCUUCGACAUCACCAACAUCCCCAGCCACCGCAGCGCCAUCUCCGAGACCACCUGCCUCUGCGACAUCUUCAGCGACGACUGCGAGACCGCCUCGCUCUCCAGCAGCCCCGCCUCGGGAUCCGUCGCCCCUCCUCCCCAGCGGGAGGCAACCAGGAGACCCCUCCCGUCCCCGGUGGACGAGGCCAACGACUCGUCGGGGUCCUACCACACGGCGUCGAGCUCGGAGCAGCUUAGCGACGUGGAAGUCUCCGAGGGUUCCUUCGAGAAGCCUGGCUCCCCGGCCUCUCUCGAGAAACCUGAAAACAGGCAGUUAGAACCUUCUGGAGUCUCAGCUACAAGCCCGUCAGGCCAGCUGUGUUUAGAGGCUCCAUUGCAGAUUCAGGACUGCAGACAAACUCCAGAGCCAAAAAGCGUUCACCUACUAGCACCGGGACUGAGGACGGGUGAUAGGGAGGUCGAGAGGUGUACCAGUGUAGAUAGGACCCCCUCCCCACGGUACACGACCUCCAGCACCCCUACGUCUGACGGGAGAGGAUCAGCCUGCUCUGGAGGGUCAUCCUCAGCCAGCUCCAGAGGUCCCGUCUCGUCCCCUCUUCCACGAGACAGUCGCCUGUCGCCCAGACCCAGGAGCCUCACCCCCAGAGACGGGGGCAGUGACCCCAGCCCCUCCCCUCGCCCGUCCGGGUUGACUCCCUCUCCCGAGCCUCUCUCGUACCGGAGGAACCCAUCCCCUUUGUCCUCGCCAGGAGUCGAAGCCUCCUCACCUCAGCCGACAUCUACGUCCUCCUCGUCUGAGCCCUGGGUUCCAUCCACGUCUGCUGACAUCACGCCCACUCCCUCCCCGGUGUUCAGCUGCACAGACAUCCCCUCUCCGUCCAGAGAAACGUCGGUGUCGCCGCAGUUGAGGGGCGGAGCCCACUCACCUGACGCCCAGGCCAGCUCCUCCCCCUUCCCCGAGCGGAGAGGGAGGGUCUCCCUCCCUGACCUCUUCAGCAGAGGCUCCACCCCCGACAUAGAGGACUCCGCCUCCACACCCGAGCUCAUCCCUCAUAUAUCACCCUCCAUCACCCCAACGCCUGGCAACGCGGACUCAAGACUGUCCAGCUGUCCUGGGAGCCCCAUCUCCACGCCAGGGCCGGGGUACACCCCUCCCCCAUCAGUCACCUCUCCAGCCACCACACCUGACCUGGGAGGACAACCGUGUGUGUACAGAGGAACAGGCUCCUCCCCUGACCUGCUCCCCACACCCUCCCCCUCAGAAGCCUGGGGAAGGACGCCCUCACCGGAAGUCAGGUGUGACAGCUCCACGUGCCCUGAAAUCCCGUGUGCCUCUUCACCAGAAAUAACAUACACUAGAGCCCUCUCGCCUGGACCCAGGUACAACAGCUCUCCUGUAGAGUCCAGAAACACAGCGCCCUCACCUGAGAUCAGGGUCACGGCAUCUUCCCCCGAGGUCAGGAGAAGAGACCCCUCCCCUGGAGUUCCUGGGAAUCCUUUAUUCAACUCUCUACAACCCCAUCUUCACUCCUCCUCCCCCAACCCACGUAGCUUGGCUUCCUCUCCUCAGAUUACAGGCUUCUCCUACUCUAUCCUCCCACCUGAGCCCCAGGACACGCCUUCACUGGAGCGCAACGCCCUCACUGCCUCACCUGAGCCCAGGGGGACACAUCUGUCUGCUGGGGGAGCAGGACCACACCUGUCCCCUGGCUCUCGGAGCACCACACCUCCCAUUGUGAGCAGACGUCUUUCAGCUGCCUCUAUAGGCACAGCCCCAUCACCUGACCCACGGGGCUCCCCCCAGACCACAGGAGUCCUCUGCAGUGUCCUGACGCCCCAGGGAAGAGAAACAGAAACGUCAUCUGGACACAGGGACGAAUCCCCCUGCUUUCCAAUUCAGUCAACAAAGGUUUCUUUCUCAUCUGAGGUGUCAGAAACACAGUACAGGGUCUGCUCAGAGGCAGAGAUCCCUGAAGUGUCCUCACCUGAGCCUGACACGACGGCCGUUUCCCCUGCUGUACCGAGUCACAUCCACACACCUGAACUUAGAGCCUCGCCUUUGGCAAUCGUGACAAGGGCUACAGGACGGUCCCCAGAGCAUAGCAACUUCCAAGAAUUACCACCUAAGGGAAUUCAACAUCCAUCCAACCACAUGGAAGCAUGUCCCUUGGACGAAGACAAGGAGCUCAGUCUUCCGUCGGUACAGAGGACUCAGGGCCAGUCGUCUUGGUCUCCUGAUGUCCAGAAGCCUUUAGCCAUCCUCAGACAUCCAAGCCCCACCCUCUCCCCUGGUCUCAAGGGCACGCCAACCUCCCCGGCCCCCAGGCCGGAGGACCUAAAGUCCCCACACUCCUCCAUCUCCCCGCCCCUUGACCCUCACAACCAGCACUCCCCCCAAUUUAUCCCUCCAGCUCGACAGACACCCCCCAAACCCAGGGCUGACUUCAGAGAGAGACCCAGCGUCAUGGCUCAAAACAGGAACAGAAGGAGGACCCCCUCUCCUCCUCUUACCAGGUUCACCCCAGUGCACAUCAUCCCUCCUGACAAGCCCCAAAGACAGUGGCAGAACAGGGGCCACAGCCCCCCUCGGCCCCAGGUCACCCAGUCACCUCCACGGGGUCACAAGAAGCCUGCCUUGAAACCUGUCACAUCCAGGGGGAGCCCAAACGUUUCCCCCGGUGACCGAAGCGGCAGCCACAGCCAGCUUCACUGGGACAAACUGGAGAGGGAGAGCGAGCGGGUGAGAAUGAGGGAGGGGGAUAACCAGAGAGAGAGGGUGAGGCAGGAGGAGAGACAGAGGGAGGAGCAGGCUCCGGGAAAGGGGGAGGGGAGGCCAGGGGAGGCCAGUUACAGAGGGGAACAGGUUGAGCUGUCAUUCAGUGCCAGGAAUAGAAAAGGGCCUGCGAGCCACAGUGCAACUCCCACAAGCAGACCGACUCGUCAGGGAAUGCCAGCAGCGCGCUGCCAUACAGAGAGCCUCCUCGCCAGCAGACAGCAACAACGCAGUCUACUCAGAGCCCACAGUUCCCAGGCAAACACCAGGGGAGGCGGGCCCACCAGGAGAUUCCAGCCCGCAGUGCCCCAGAAAGGGAGCUCGGCUCCCGGCCGCGCCAUCGCCGAAGGCCACUGCCCCGGCUCCAACCCCAGCAUGGGCAGUGAGCUGGAUGAGGCUGACAAUGAGGUGAAGUGGUUCACGGAUGUGGCCUUCCGCAGCUUGUCCAGUCCCGAGGGGGACUAUCUGGACAUGUACAACUCCAGCCACCGCUCGUCUACCAACGUCUCCCAGCCCUCCACCCAGGACAGCCCGGCCGCGGCGAACGCUGCCGGGCUGGCGUACGCGGACCUCAGGGGAUCUGCUCCACGGCUGGAGAACGAAGACUUCCCAAGCCAGCCGCCCCAUCUGUUCCACUACCCCGACGGUCUGGACCCAGCCAAGCACUACGAGAUGGGCAGCUUCGAGUGUGUGGACGUGGCCGUGGAGAGGGAAGAGGUGAGGAGGGGACGGAGGGGAGUGCCCAAGAGACAGAUUCAGCUGAAGAGGAGGGACACGGAGGAGAGGAAGCAGGGGGAGGGCAGUGAGAGCGACAGUCCGGGGGUCCCGGGGAUGAUGGGCAGUCCCACUCUCCAGAGACGCUCCAAGGAGACGCUGGUGAGACAGCACAGCACCCCCGCAGCCCUGGAGGACUCCUAUCACCCUGAGCCCAGCCCAGAGCCUGCCGACAGGAGAGUCAGGAAGUCUAAACUUCAGAAGUCUGUGUCUCUGGAUGAGACCUGCACCAAAACCAAGAUGGCCACCUGCCUAAUCAAAAGUGUGCUGUCUAAAAAGAUGCAGAGUGUUGGUAAACAAAGCAACCAACAAGAGGGAGAAGACUCCUGCCCACCUGAGGACAAGACUCUGCCCUUCGAGAGUGUGGUGUCACCAGUUGAAGAGUCCUCUAAACCCAAGGCGCAUCACUUCAGUUCCAGUUUUCAGUCAGAGCACAGCCUUUCUCCUGAAGACAUGUCUGUCAACAGAGGAGCAAGUCCAAAGAGUGACACCAGUCAACAGAAAGGCUUUGGAGUGAAGCCCAGUGUUAGAAUAAGCCCCCAUAUUCCUACUGUCAGCCACUCCACCAUUAGGCCGUCAUCCAAUGAGGGGGCUGAUUCUCAGAACAGGAAACCGAACCCUGAAAGUUCAAAGAUUAGAUCAGAGCCGCUGGUACCGUUAAAUGAAAACAGCCCCACCAGAGACAAACACUACCCCAGGACGGGAGACAGACAAACGGGCGAUGAAAAUAAAAUAGAGGAGAAAGAAGGCGAUGACUCAGCAGAGAAUGUCGCUGCCGGGAACACCGGAGCCGGCGGCACGCAGGAGGGAAUGACAAACAGAGAGAAGGAGUCCCGGAGCAUUGACUCAGGGAGCUACACACCACCCAGCAUGAAGAGCACCUACAUGUCCAGGACACCAGAGAUCACCCUGAAGCCCAGGUCUUCCACAGAGAAGAAGAAAUCCUCCAUAAACGUUUCCCUCAUGCCGGAUCUCGACGCCAAACCUGACCCCCGCCGCGAGUCGCCCUCCCCUAGCAACCCGGGAAAGACAGAGUCUGAGGAGGCGAGGUUGGGGGCGAGGGACGAGGAGAAGGCGGAGGAUGCGGAGGCGAACGGGGACGGGAGAGCCAGGGCUCCCAUGCACAGAGUGAGAGACGUAAGGAGGAUGGUGAAGAACACAUACAACCUGUCGUUCAAGCCCACCAGUGCCACGCUGCCCACGCAUGAGAGGGAGGUGACGAGGGGGGAGAGGAGGGAGGAGGAGAGGAGGGAGGAGAGGAGGGAGGAGGAGAGGAGGGAGGAGAGGAGGGAGAAGGAGAGGAGGGAGGAGGAGAGGAGGGAAAGGCACGAGGACACGAGAGAGGAGGCGAGGGUGGAGCGAAAGCUCCAGCCCGUCACGCCGACCCCCCAGAGAAGGGCCAAGCCCCUGCCUCGCCCUCAGCUCAUGCAGAUAGAAUGCAAGGCAGUCAGCUGGCGAGAGAACAAGGACACGACGACCUCUGGCAAGUCAGCUGCAGGAGGUAAACUCCCGGACGAAGCGUCGUCCUCUCCCCCUCAGCUGUCCCUCCCGAGACCUAAAGAGCCAGGGAAUUCCCCUGACGUCACACCUCGGAGUUACACAACGGAGGACGUCGCAGGGACAGAGUCCUGCCAGACCGCUGCCCCUGUAGACUCCGUAGGCACAGAGACAACAACAUGCAGUGCCUCAGACGAGAGGCGGGAGGUGAUGAGAAGAGAUUCCAAACCGCCCAUGCUGGGAAGCAUCCCCAGAGCCCCCAGCAAGGACAGAGAGGUGUCUUCUGCCACCAUGGUGCUACACGACGGAACCAGCAAAGUCAAACCACCCCAGGCCCAAAGCCCAGGCUCGACCACGUCCCAGCCCCCAGCCUUGACCCCAACCCAGGCUGCAGUCUCCACCCCAACCCUACCCACCUCACCCUCUCCGGGUCCCAUCUCCAACCCUGCUCCCGGCAGCAGCAGUAGCCACUCGGUCUCGAUGCUAGUGAGGGAGAAGGGCUACCAGGCGGACAUUGGCGCUGUGGUCAGUGAGGGGCCGACUGAGGCUGGAGGAGGAGUCAGGGGAGGGGUCCCUCGGAAGCACGUCAACCGCCUGGAGAUCCCCCUCCAAACCUCUGGCCCCGCGGACAGACCUGCGGGGCCGUCUCACGGCCAGAGAGAGAGAACCCUGUCCUCCUCCUCCUCCUCUGUGAGCGCCCCAGCCUCUUCCUCUCUGCCCGGCCUGAGGUCCGGCCCCACAGCGCCCCCCACAGACAAGGAGGAGAGGUUCGGCGGCAAGGCUACAGGGAGGGACACACCGCAAGGCACGCCACCUCCUCCGCAGCGAAACACGCAGCAGCAAACACCCUCCCCGCUCAAGCAGACGGAGGUGGAGGCAGUGAAGAAACAAGGGCCCCCUGUCUCUCCAAAGUCCCCGGCCACACGGCGGUUCAGACCGCAGGCCAUCGAGGUCAGGUCGAUGUCAAAAGACACGCACAAGCAGGAGACGGUUGUCAACACGUCGCCAAGCAACAGACCUCAAGCCAUCGAAGUCAGGUCCAUAGCCAACAACUCGCAGAAACCAACGGUGCCGCCAAAGCCAAGCUACAGGUUCAAACCAGCUGACGGGCGCUCCUUGUCCAAUGAGAGCCAGAUGACCUCAGAGUGGAUCAUGGCCCAGCAGAAAGAGGAAGAGCGGACGGUGAUCGACAGCACACAGACACAGGCCGCUACCCCGCCCUCCCCCCACAGACACCCCUCCAAUGACAAUGCGCCAGCCAACUACACCAGGAAGUUAGCUGUCUCGGCUGUCUCCAGCUACAAACCACCACAGAGUAAAACAUCAACAACCAUGUCUAGUUUCUCCAACAGAGCAGCGUCGGCCGAAACGGAGGUGUCCACUGAUGCUGCCAGGCAGCCAGGGACGUCAACUCAAACCUCAGGCAUUGCACAAAGACCGCCAACCCUCAACCCCGUCCCGGCUCAACCCCCUUCUGAUCCCCAACCCCCUGCCUCAUCCCUGGCCAGCCAGCCCAGCCAACCAGCUGUUGUGGAUCUGAGAAGCCACCCGCAGUAUCCCAAAACCACAUACCCCAGGGAACAAGCCGUGCCAGGGACCUUCCACAACACGAAACAAGCUGCCAUGGUCUCCACCUCCCAGGCCCCUGGGUACUCACACCAGCCUUUACACCGCUCUCUGUCCAACGAGCGCUCCUACAGGACCGAUGACCUCUGCUUCUACGCCUCCGACGACCCCCCCAGCUACGACGAGAGAGAGAGCUUCAGCCCCCUGCUCCUGCCAGACCUGACCUCCAGGAAGCUGAGCCGCUACCACCCCAGCUCCCGGCCCCCUCCCUGCUCCUGCACCUCCGGAUGCCCCUCCCACCCGGGCCUCACCCCCCCUCACCACCACCACAGCCCCCACAGCCUCACCCCUCCAGCCCCCUCCCACUCUCCAGGCCAGAGCCUGACUUACCCCAUGGCCCAGCCCCCUCUUCGCCACCUCCCCCACCAGCAGUGCCGACCCGAACCCCAGGCUCUGAGCUACCAGCCCAGCUCGCCCAAAUCUACCCACGCCCCGGCCAUGUACCAGCCCAUCCACCAACCCCCUGGCCCCGCCUGCCCGCCCCACCCCUCCAUGCUGCAUCCCUGCCCAGGCGACCGCCCCCUCCAGCCCCCCCAGCACAUGGAUCCGAGACGCCCGCCUGUCCAUCGUUCACCCCAGCAGCAGCAGGGGGGAGGCGGGGGGUCUUACAGCGACCACAGCCACUCCCCCAACCUACCCCCUAUGGAUGCCGGCCCCCAGUACUUGUGUGGCCCCCAGAGCCUGGGGCCCUCGUAUGGCUCUGAGUACGGGGGGGACGGCUCCAGCUUGUACCCAGACAGUGGCGGGGGUCUGGGCUACGGUCAGACCCCUCGCAGGGUGCUCAUGGAUCCAGAGACGGGCAAGUACUUCUACAUCGAAGUACCGGUGCAGCCCCUGAGGAAGAUGCUGUUUGACCCAGAGACCGGUCAGUACGUAGAAGUCCUCAUCCCCCAGCAGGCUAUGUCCCAUUCUAGCAUCUAUCCCCCCUCUGCAGCCCCCUACUCCUCCCUGCACAACCCCAACAUGUAUGCCCCUGCCCCCCAGUACCUGCCCUAUGCAGUGCCCCCUCCUCCACCUCACCCCCAGGCUCAGCCCCAGCCACCCCGGCACCCAGAGGCCCCGGCCCCAGGGACGAUGCACCACAAUGGGGCAGGGGUGGCCUAUGGGAGCCCCUCCGGCCAGGGAUCCAAGCCUGAGGCUCAGAGCCACCCGUUGCUGGAGCAGAGCUAUCUGGAGAGUAUGUACUACGUCCCCACAGGGAUGACCGCCAGCCCCAACCCCACACCACCAGACUGCUACCACAAACACCCCUCUAGUCUGCCCAACACGGGUGGGAAGAGGUCCUGAAAUAGAAGACGCUAGUCUUCAUGGAGCCUGUUUGGUUUCCAAAUACAUUAACAGUGUACGCGGGGGCUGUCUAAUGUUAGCUUGGGGUGUUGUUUGCUUGUUCCCAUGGCAACCAGGGUGAAUGAAUCUGUGCUCUUUCCCGUUGCUUAUCAUGGGACGGUUUGUUAGAAGAUCAGUUCAAGUUUUUAUUUGAAGGUCUGUUCAUGUGAUCUGAAUGAGAUAUUCUGCGGAAAAUUCUGUUUCAAAACACAACAAAAAGGCACCCCUUUCUACCUUCUGUUUUGUCUUUAUGCAGAAUGCAUGAAGAUGGACAAUGAAGUAAGCAUAAACAGAGUAAGCAUGUUAUAUUCUUACUGGUAGCGGAUUUAGAUUUGAACUCACAUCACUUCAAUGACUUGUACUUAAACAACUCAUACUUGAAAAUCAGUCUUGGAAGAACAUAAAUGUAUUUCUUUCUCUCUCUUUAUCUCUAAUAUUUAUUGUGGAAUGAGUGAGUUUCUGGACCUUAUGAGUGUUACACAUAUACCAAUAAAAUGACA